ACAAGGGGAUUGGUGAGAGGUAAAAGAAGAACCUACCUUAUAUUUAAGACGUUUUUGUAAAUUUAUUCAGUGAGCUUGGUUACAACUGCGGAACAUUUAUUCUGCUCCAAGUCUUCAUUUUUGUUUUUUUUUUUAUGAAAUACAAAUUUUACAAUCAAUGAUACUUUAAUUAAUAAAACAGUCAAAUUGACACUUUUUUUUUUUUUAUUAUUUUUAAAAAAAUUAAUUGUGCAUAUUUGAUAAAAUAAUGUCGGGUUUAAUGAGACCACAUUAUGCUGCCUACCAAGGAUGGGCUGGUGGUGGCAGUGGUGGUGGUGUUGGUGGUGGUGGUGGUGGUAAUCAAACAGUGGUUGAUAAAGCAUUACCAGAUAUGAUUGCAAUAAUUGAUCCAUAUUGGUAUCAAUUUCCACCAAUAAAUCCUCUUUGGCAUGGUAUACUUGGAUUUGUUGUUUGUGUACUUACAUUUAUAGCAAUAACUGGAAAUGGAAUGGUUAUAUUUAUAUUUGCAACAACAAAAUCAUUACGUACACCUAGUAAUCUUUAUAUUAUUAAUCUUGCAUUCAGUGAUUUUUGUUUGAUGUCAACAAUGGGAAUUCCAGUUAUAAUUAAUUGCUAUUAUGAAACUUGGGUGUUUGGUCCAUUUAUGUGUAUAAUAUAUGGUCUUGUUGGUAGUUUAUUUGGCUGUGGAUCAAUAUACACAAUGAUGAUGAUAGCAUUUGACAGAUAUAAUGUCAUUGUAAAAGGUCUUGCUGGUAAACCAUUGACAAUAAAAGGUGCAUUAUUUCGUAUAUUUAUGAUAUGGACAGUAUCAACAGCAUGGACUGUUGCUCCAUUAUUUGGCUGGGGUAAAUAUACACCAGAAGGAAAUUUAACAGCAUGUGGUACUGAUUAUUUGAGCAAAGAUUGGUUAACAAGAUCUUAUGUUUUGGUUUAUGCAUCAUUUUGCUAUUUUACACCAUUAUUUUUAAUUAUUUAUUCGUAUUAUUUUAUACUAUCAGCUGUAUCAGCUCAUGAAAAAAAUAUGCGUGAACAAGCUAAAAAAAUGAAUGUUGCAUCAUUAAGAUCAUCAGAAAAUGCAAAUGCAAGUGCUGAGGGUAAAUUAGCUAAAGUUGCAUUAAUGACUAUUAGCUUGUGGUUUAUGGCAUGGACACCAUAUUUAGUUAUUAAUUUUUGUGGUAUAUUUGAAACUCAUAAAAUGACACCAUUAUUUACAAUAUGGGGAUCUGUUUUUGCUAAAGCAAAUUCUGUUUAUAAUCCAAUUGUCUAUGCCAUCAGUCAUCCAAAAUAUCGAGCAGCUUUGAAUGCAAGAUUUCCAUCACUUGUUUGUGGUAACACAGCAUUACCAAGUGAUGCACAAUCAGCAGUUACAACAGUCAGUGAACCAGAAAAAGCUUAAUUGAAAAAGAAGAAAAAAAAAUAACGAAUAUACUUAAAUAAUGAUAAUUAUUAAUUAUAAUAAAUUUUAAAAAAUUAUAAAUAUAUUUAAACAGACAGUUGAUGUAUAUUUAUUUAUUUAUUUGAUUUUUUUUCAUAAAAGAAAAAAGAAAUUUAGAAUUGUCUUUAUCAGUGAUAUAUCUAUAUACAUACAUGAAAAUUUCUGGCAAAUUAUUUAUCGGCGAGGGAUUGUAAAUAAUAUCGAUAAAAAAAUUAAUUAAUAAUUUUUAAUCUUCAAAUAAUAUAUGAAAAAUGAUUUUAAACUAAAAUUGAAAAAAAAAACGUAUAUGUAAUUGUUGUUUAAAAAUAAUUUAAUAGUUUUAAAAAAAAUGAAAAAUUGAAAUUUAAGGAAGAAUUAUAAAUUAUAAUCACAUAUUUUAAAUAAUUUUUUUUUUAUGUUAAAUUUAAACAAUCUUUUUUCACCACAAAUUGUAUUGUUUUUAUUUAAAUAAUUAUAUUGUUGAUUUCAUGAAAAAUUAUUUAUUUAUGUGAUUGUUAUUUAUUUAAUUUCAUUUGUAAUAUUUUUAAGUUAUAAACAAUCACCUUGACCGAUAGACUGUCACUAUUAUAACAUCUGUAUUUAAUUUUGUAUUAUUGUUAUUUAAAUAAAACCCUUUGAGCAGCUGA